GCAGUGGAAUGGCAAUGCGAUGAAGCUACUAAAAGAGCCUGUUACAGUAAAGGCAAAUCAAAGGAGGAGUGCCAGAACUACAUUCGAGUGCUUCUUGUUGGAGGCAACCAUCUCUUCACCUGUGGAACCAAUGCGUUCACUCCAAUCUGCACUAAUCGGACGUUAAGUAACCUGACAGAGAUACAUGAUCAAAUCAGUGGCAUGGCUCGUUGUCCUUACAGUCCCCAGCACAACUCCACUGCUCUACUCACUUCCAGUGGUGAAUUAUAUGCUGCAACAGCCAUGGAUUUUCCAGGAAGGGAUCCUGCUAUUUAUCGCAGUUUGGGGGCCCUUCCUCCUCUCCGCACUGCCCAGUACAACUCCAAGUGGCUGAAUGAGCCAAAUUUUGUGUCAUCUUAUGACAUUGGGAACUUCACCUACUUUUUCUUCCGGGAGAAUGCAGUGGAACAUGAUUGUGGGAAAACAGUCUUUUCUCGUGCUGCUCGGGUGUGCAAAAAUGACAUCGGUGGCAAGUUCGUGCUGGAGGAUACCUGGACUACGUUCAUGAAAGCUCGGCUGAACUGCUCUCGCCCCGGAGAAAUUCCAUUUUACUAUAAUGAACUACAGAGCACUUUCUUUCUGCCAGAAUUGGACUUGAUCUAUGGGAUUUUUACCACUAAUGUGAACAGCAUAGCAGCAUCAGCAGUUUGUGUUUUCAACCUGAGUGCCGUAACUCAGGCCUUUAAUGGACCCUUCAAAUACCAGGAAAACUCUCGCUCUGCUUGGCUUCCAUAUCCCAAUCCUAACCCUAAUUUUCAGUGUGGCACCAUGGACCAGGGACUGUAUGUAAAUCUGACAGAGAGAAAUCUUCAAGAUGCUCAAAAAUUCUUUUUAAUGCAUGAGGUCGUUCAACCAGUUAUUCCAAUUCCUUAUUUCAUGGAAGACAACAGCCGAUUUUCCCAUGUAGUUGUGGAUGUCGUGCAGGGCAAGGACAUGCUUUUCCAUAUCAUCUAUCUUGCCACAGACUAUGGUACUAUUAAGAAAGUACUUGCCCCAAUGAACCAGACUUCAAGCAGCUGCCUGCUCGAGGAAAUUGAACUGCUGCCAAAAAGUCAGCGAGAGCCUAUCAGGAGCCUUCAGAUCCUGCACAGCCAGAGUGUCCUUUUUGUGGGCCUUCAGGAACAUGUGAUUAAAGUCCCCCUGAAGAGAUGUCUCUUUUACAAAACAUACAG